AUGUCGCAGACAUCAUCAGCGACACCGGCACCACGACCACCACCACCACCGGCAACGAUAGUGGCAUCGCCACCACCACCACGACCGACAACGAUUGUGGCACCGCCACCACCACCACCACCGGCAACGGUAGUGGCAUCGCCACCACCACCACCACCGGCAGCGAUAGUGGCACCGGCACCACCACCACCGGCAGCAAUAGUGGCACAGGCACCGUCACCGCCACCAUCUGCAAAAAAUGCAGCGAUGAUGAAAAAGAAAAUAAAUCAAGCGGUGCGGAAGGCGGUCGCAAAGGAGCGACGUAAAAACAAAAAUCACUCAAAAUAUAUCCCAGCGCCGUAG